AUGCCAUCAGUAAACAUUUCGUUAUCACUUGCACUAAACGUGACUGAUAAAGAGCCAGAUUUCCAAUCACUUGAAAUGUUAGGUAUUCUUUAUUGGAUUCUGAACUUAACGGUUGUGGAAUCUGUAUUCUAUCUUGUUGUGGCAUUCUUGUUAUUUUUAAUUGGCAGGCACUUUAUUGAGAAGCUCCAAAUUAAUAAUUUAUCGAAAAGGGCCGUUUUUAUCACUGGAUGUGACUCUGGAUUCGGUCGUGGAUUAGCAUUAAAAUGUUUGGAGCAAGGAAUGCCUGUAUUUGCAGGAUGUCUCACUGAGCAGGGAAUCGAAAGUCUUAGUGCGGAGGCUCGAAAAUCCAUCGGAAACGGGCGGUCUCUCGACGCGUUUUUGAUGGACGUGACAAGUGACGAGUCUGUCGGUGAAGUGGCCAAACGACUUGAAAAGAAAUGUGAACAAUAUGGAGGACUACACGCCGUUGUUAACAAUGCUGGAAUAACUGGAAAGCACAUUGCUGAUGAUUUCUUAGAUAUAAAUGAGUAUCUGAAAGUUGCUAAUAUCAAUUUGUGGGGACCAAUACGUACAACAAUGGCAGUUAAGAAACUUCUCAAAAAAGCGAGAGGUCGUGUGGUUACUGUAGCCAGUAUUUGUGCUCGUGUGGGUCUUCCAGGCCUCGGUCCGUAUUCGGUGUCCAAGUACGGAGUAUCUGCAUAUUGUGACGUCAUUCGACAGGAGCUUCGACCAUUUGGAAUAUCUGUUCAUGUUUUGGAACCAGGAUUCUUCAAUACACCAUUAAUUAAUAGAGAAAAGAUUGAUGCAGAAAUUCUUGAAGCCUGGAAACAUGCUCCAAAUGAAGUUAAGCAAGAAUACGGGGAAAAGUUCUUCAAUGAUGCACGUGAAUCCACUCAUCUCUUCUUGAAUUCCGUCGCUUCUUCCCAAAUAUCCUUGGUAGUUGAUGCCUACUUCCACGCGAUCACAUCAAAACAUCCAAGAUCUCGGUACCAAAUUGGAUGGGAUAGCAUUUUAUUAUUCAUCCCAUUCUCCUAUCUUCCAACCGGACUGCAAGAUUACAUUUUUGCCGCCGCAGGUCUUUUCCUACCGAAACCGGCUUGCCGUUGAUCGUGUUGCAGUUGGCAGGAAGCAAUUUCCAUAAAUUUUUAGUUGUGCAUGUUUUUUUUCGCUAUAAACCAGGAGAAUAAAAUUUGAAACCAAUAAA